AUGGUGCAAAAUCCACCUUCCAAGACGGCGUUAGAAGAUGCGGACCAACAAAUCCGGAACGUUGUUCAAAGUACCACUAUGUAUCUACUAUAUACGCGCAAGAAGGAAGGUGGCCUAGGCGUGACCCGGAUGACAACUGAUAUUCAGCUUGCUGUAAUCAAGUCCGUCGUGAGGAUGAGGCAGUCUACAGACCCGUAG